AUGGUUCAAGGAGGAAGAAUGAAAAAGCCAGUAGUCGCAGAGGCAUGUCAAGCAGUCGCCUCUAUUCCCGUCAAAAUAAGUAACAACGAUAACCACCAAGUUUUCAAGGAAGCUAUAGAGGAUCUUUUCGGAAGACAAAAUGGCGCAGCCUCUUCAACAGGGAUGCUACCGCUUGGGCUAGCGCAAGCAAAAUGUCCCGAAGAGAGCUCAGGAAAUAAACCGAAUGCCAUUGACAGAUGUCUCAGAACGAUCUUCGGACUAAAUGUCACUACUCAAAGGAAGCAAGACUACAUUUAUGAUCGUGGCAAAGGAGUCUCACAGGAUUAUUCGAAAACCUUUGGGCGGUAUCUCAAGGCAUUCAAGCAAAGAGGCGAUGAUGCUCAGAGUAGUUUGGGGUUUAUACACCUUGAGGGCAAAGGGGUUUCACAGGACUAUUCGAAAGCCAUGAGCUGUGGGCAAUAA